UGUACAUAUUAUUACUUUCUCGCUCCCGUAUUUCUGUCUAUUUUAAUCUUAUUACUUCGGAAGUACUCAUGCGGAUGAAAGUAGAAGGAUUCGUGAGUGUACAAUCAUGGAGUACCAUCACGCGAUGGUAUGUCGAAUGCUCCAAUCGAGAAAUCAAAGGAAUCCAACUGACGACGACUUCCUGUGCGUUACGCAGCUACGGCAGUUGCAGUCGCAAAAAAUUUCUCUGGACAACCGCGGAUCAUUCUGGCGUAAAGAGAGAAGGGCGGCGAUCACAAACUCUAACAUACGAGGAGAGGAAAAGACGGACGAACAAUAAUUUCUCUGGAAGAAUCUCGGCGGUGGAAUUCGAAAAUCACUUAUUAAGUCAGUCGGCCAGCACCGACACGAAUACUUGAGGAGACGGGGCCUUCUCGACCCGGAGAGAGAAAGAGAGAGGAAGAGAGAAGAGCGUUCUCCACGAUCACGCAGCAUCCCUCACCGUGGCUGGCGAAUGUAGGUCCUCGCGGGUCGGCACCUAUAAUGCGAACCUCCUACCUUCGAUCGCAGCCGCUCUUCGAAAACAGCUUCCCCUCUUCUUUUAACCCCACCAACCUUUGAAGUUCAUUGAGAGCACGAUAACAGGUGUCCCGCAUACCAGGCAAUAAGUAUACUCGUAAGAAUAGC